AUGGAGUAUACAACCGGAUCUCAACCCGAUAAUUUCCAGACCUUCUUCAUGGAAUGGGUGACCCAACUGGAGUUUUACCUUCAUCAGCUUCUCCACAUUCUUCAGUCCCCAGAUCAACAAGACGAGUCCAAACACAAACAACUCAUUCGCCGAGUCAUGGCUCACUACCAUGAAUACUUCCUUGCCAAGGCCCGAGUUUCUAGCCGGAAUGUUUUUCUUGUUCUGUUACCCCCGUGGCUCAGCUCCUAUGAGCGAACCUUCCUAUGGUUGUCUGGGCUCAAGCCGGGUCUUGCCCUCCGUGUCGUGAAUAGAUGUGGGGUGGAGUUGAGCUCCGAUCAGGCGGAGAGGAUGGAGAGGCUAACGGUGGACACUAAAGACGAGGAGAAUGCGAUUGCAGAGAGGCUGGCGAGGUUGGAGCAGCAGGUGCUGGCGCCGUCCAUGCUGCCGUUGGCGAGGAUGGGAGGAAGGGAGGUGAAUGGCAUGAUUCAUGAAGCGGAUACUGCAAUGGAGAGAAUGGCGGAGCAUAUGGAGUUUUUGGUUGGGUGUGCGGAUUAUUUGAGGGAGAAGACAGUGGCGAAGGUGGUGGGGAUAUUGACGACGGCUCAGACGGUGAGGUUCUUAGCGGCUAUGGCUCAACUUCAGUUAAGGAUUAGGAUGUGGGGGCAGCUGAGGGAGAGGGAGAUUCAUGGAGAUGCUAAUCUCUCUUAA